UGCUGGUUUGAAGACCUCAUACUCAUUUUUCUUCUCUUUUUAUUUUCUUUGCUGUCAGCACUCUUUCACUGUAAAGACUGCCUUCUUUAGGCAGAGUGGCAACCUCUGACCCUGGGAUAAUGGAAUUAUCACUGAUGCCUGCACAGCAAUUCCCGGCAGUGAGCGGGACCUUCAUGGAUUCUCCAUACAAUGGCAACACGUCCUUGCAGACGUCCACGUCCAACCUCAACGCCGGCUAUUCGCGACCCUCGGAAGCGGAGGAUGAUGGGAAAGUGUCCAGUGACACCAUUUGGCUGUGGAUUGCUGUGCUGGCAACAAUUGGCAACAUAGUGGUGGUGGCUGUGGUUUGUGCCUGUGCCUUCUGACACAAUGGAGGAGUGGAAUAAAAAAUUUCUGCUGCUGUCGGACAUGGGAAAUCUUGUAUAUUUUGAAAAUAUAUAUUUUGUCUAGAAAUAUUGUAAAAUAGCCCUAUGUUAAGACUGAUACCAUGGAUUUUUUUUUUUCUUUGAACGGUAAGCUUCAGUUUGAGUUUUGUAGGGGAAUUUGCAUGGGAUUCUUUAUUUCCACAGUCCCCCCACCCCCUCCUGUUUUUGUUUUGUUAUGUUUUAAAACAACCAGCUAUCAUAUUGAAAUAAUUAGCUGGUAGAGUUUUGUGCAAAUGUUGCUUUUCUGUUUGCUUGUACAGUGCAACAACCACAAAAGAGAAGUCACAAAAUUAAGGUUGGUAUACAUGAGAUAAAAACUGGAUUUUUGCAGUUGGUACUGAAGCUCACUUAAAAUAUGAAAAAAUGGCUUACCAUCCAAACUCAGAUUACAUACAGACAGCUGAAAUACAUAUACUGUGAUGUUUGUUUCACCUUUUCAUCUGACUGAAGACCAAGAAAGCUACAUGCUGCAGGAACUCUUCACUGUUUUAAAAUUUUCAAAAUGAAACCUACAUAUUACAGUAAAAAAAAACAGACCUUUGUUCCUUUAUGUAAUUCACAGUUUAAGACAUUUCUGCUAUCAACCUUGUACUGAUUGUUUUUAAAGAGCUAAAUUUAAGAGAGCUAUCGUAAUUCAUUGGUUUCUUUGUGUGUAACCUGUUUAAUAUGCAUUAAAACCCGUGGCUGUGACUCACUUUUAA